AUGGCAGCAUCAGUUUCAACUCGAUUCCUUGUUCUUCUCCAAGAUUUUUCAGCCUUCAGAAAGAUAUCAUGGCGUUCUGCGGCAGCUAACUACCACCGCCAAUCACGUCUUUUAUGCCAUGUUGCGAAAGAAGAUGGUUCUCUUACUCUUGCAAGCCUUGAACUAGGGAACAACAGCCCAAGGAGAUCAGGGAAGAGUAAGGCGAUGAAGCUUGAGGGAAGAAGCUUUGUUUCUGAGAUGAGUCAAGGUAAGGUAAGAGGAGCAAUAAAUGAUAAAAUGAAAGUAGUGAAGGAGAAGAAACCAGCUGAGAUAGUGUCUCCUUUGUUUUCUGCAAAGUCAUUUGAGGAGCUUGGCCUCCCGAAUUCGUUGCUAGACAGUUUGGAAAGAGAAGGUUUCUCUGUCCCAACGGAUGUCCAAUCAGCAGCUGUACCAGCAAUAAUCAAAGGUCAUGAUGCAGUGAUUCAGUCUUACACAGGAUCCGGCAAAACCCUAGCUUAUCUGCUUCCAAUACUAUCAGAGAUUGGUCCACUAUCAGGAAAAGCUAAGAGCAGUGAGAAGAGAGCAGAGAUCCAAGCAAUGAUCGUGGCUCCAUCUCGAGAACUCGGUAUGCAGAUAGUAAGAGAGGUGGAGAAACUCCUCGGACCUGAUCACCGUAGGAUGGUUCAGCAGUUGGUAGGUGGUGCUAACCGGAUGAGGCAAGAAGAGGCGCUUAAGAAGAACAAACCGGCUAUAGUCGUUGGCACUCCGGGAAGAAUUGCAGAGAUAAGCAAAAGUGGGAGGUUGCACACUCAUGGGUGUAGAUUCUUGGUGCUAGAUGAAGUCGAUGAGCUUUUAUCUUUUAACUUCCGAGAAGAUAUCCAUAGGAUUAUUGAACAUGUAGGAAGAAGAGCUGGGGCUGGUCCAAAAGGAGAAGUUGAUGAACGUGCUAACCGACAGACAAUUCUAGUCUCUGCAACUGUGCCCUUCUCGGUUAUUCGUGCAGCUAAGAGCUGGAGUCACGAGCCUGUUCUUGUCCAAGCCAACAAAAUCACUCCUCUUGACACCGUUCAACCAACAGCACCGGCAAUUAGCUUAACCCCCACAACUUCUGAGGCUAACGGCCAGAUUCAGACAACUAUCCAGAGCUUACCUCCAGCGCUAAAACAUUUUUACUGCAUCUCAAAACAUCAACACAAAGUCGACGCCCUAAGGAGAUGUGUUCACGCGCUUGAAGCCCAGUCCGUUAUAGCUUUCAUGAACCACUCAAAGCAGCUCAAAGACGUGGUCUACAAACUUGAAGCUCGUGGUAUGAGCUGCGCUGAGCUGCAUGGAGAUCUAGGGAAGCUAGGGAGGUCAACGGUUCUAAAGAAGUUCAAGAACGGGGAAGUCAGAGUGCUUGUGACUAACGAGCUCUCGGCUCGGGGUCUUGAUGUUGCGGAAUGUGAUCUAGUGGUGAAUCUUGAACUUCCAACAGAUGCGGUGCACUACGCACAUAGGGCUGGGAGGACGGGUAGGCUGGGAAGGAAAGGGACGGUGGUUACAGUGUGUGAGGAAUCACAAGUGUUUAUUGUGAAGAAGAUGGAGAAGCAGCUUGGUUUGCCUUUUGAGUAUUGUGAGUUUGUUGAUGGAGAGCUUGUUGUUACUGAGGAAGAGAAAGCUAUUAUAAGAACCAUCUUCGUACGUGCCUCUGAGAAAAGGAAAGAUUCAUCUGAGGAAGACAUGAUGGCACUGAUGAUGCGGAGGAGAUCUAUUCCUCUUCAUCUUCGUUUCAUGGAGACAGGUACUGCUUUAUUAAACAGCCGACACGAGUUCUUGUCUUGCUGCAAAAGAGACUUUUCUUGUCUGAGCAGCAACAGAAGCCUAUCUUACAAAGAGAUUUUGAAAAGAGGGAUUGUUGAUAUCAACAAAGAAGAUGCUGUGGAGCUCUUCCAAUCCAUGAUCUGGUCUCGUCCCCUUCCUAGCAUCAUAGAUUUCAGUAGAUUGUUUAGUGCCGUCGCCAAGACAAGACAGUACGAACUCGUGUUGUCUCUCUGCAAACAAAUGGAGAUGAAGGGGGUUUCAUUUGACCUCUACACUCUUACCAUAAUGAUCAAUUGCUUCUGCCGUUGCAGGAAACUGGGUUUUGCUUUUUCUGUGAUGGGAAAGAUGUUGAAACUUGGGUAUGAGCCUAACACAAUCACGUUUUCAACUUUGGUAAACGGGUUUUGUCUCCAAGGUAGAGUCUCAGAAGCUGUGGGAUUAGUUGAUAGAAUGGUGGAAAUGAAAGUUAGACCAAAUGUUAUAACGCUUACGUCUCUUGUCAACGGACUUUGUCUCAAAGGUUACGUCUCUGAAGCAAUGGGUUUGAUAGAUAGAAUGGUGGAACAUGGCUGCCAACCAAAUGCAGUUACUUAUGGACCAGUUUUAAAUAGAAUGUGCAAGUCAGGGCAAACUUCCAUGGCCUUGGAUUUGCUCAGAAAGAUGGAAGAAAGGAAGAUCAAGCUGGAUGCUGUCAAAUACAAUAUCAUCAUCGAUAGUCUUUGCAAAGAUGGGGGCCUUGAAGAUGCGCUUAGACUUUUCAAUGAAAUGGAAACGAAAGGGAUCAAAGCAAUUGUUAGUACCUACAACACACUCAUAGGAGGGUUUUGUAAUGCCGGAAGAUCGGGUGAGGCUGCACAGUUGAUGAGAGAUAUGAUCACAAGGGGAAUCACACCCAAUGUCAUCACAUUCGGUGCAUUGAUUGACAUUUUUGUGAAAGAGGGAAAGCAUGUUGAGGCUAAAGACUUGUACGAUGAGAUGGUGGAAAGAGGUAUAGAUCCUGAUACCAUUACAUAUACUUCUUUGAUAUAUGGUUUGUGCAUGGAGAGUCGCCUAGACGAGGCUAAGAAGAUGCUGGAUCUGAUGGUUAGCAAGGGAUGUGAACCGAAUAUAGUUACUUAUGGCACUUUGAUAAACGGAUAUUGUAAGGCUAGACGGGUUGAUGAUGGUAUGAAACUUUUCCGUGAGGUUUCUUUAAGAGGGUUUGUUGCUGAUACAGUCAUAUAUAGCACUCUCAUCCAAGGGUUUUGUCAGUCGGGUGAACUUAAUGCCGCCAAAGAACUCUUCCAAGAGAUGGUUUCUAUUGGUGUGGAACCCAGUGUUGUGACUUAUGGUAUUUUGCUGGAUGGGUUGUGUGGCAAUGGAGAACUAGAAGAGGCUUUAGAAAUACUCGAUAAGAUGCACAAGAGUAAGAUAGAUCCUGGUAUUGGGAUCUAUAAUAUCAUCAUUCACGGGAUGUGCAAUGCAAGGAGAGUCGAUGAUGCUUGGGAGUUAUUCUCUAGCCUCCUCCCUCUCAAAGGAGUGAAGCCUGAUGUCAUAACAUGCAAUAUAAUGAUUGCAGGACUAUGUAAGAAAGGGUCACUGUCUGAAGCGGAUAUGUUGUUCAAAAAGAUGGGAGAGGUGGAUGGGAUUGCGCCAAAUGAGUGUACAUACAACACACUGAUCCGAGCUCAUCUAGGAGGUAGUGGUGUUGUCACUUCGGUUGAACUUAUAGAAGAAAUGAAGAGGUGUGGGUUCUCUGCAGAUGCUUCCACCAUGAAGAUGGUUAUUGAUAUGUUAUCUGAUGGUAGAUUGAACAAAAGCUUUUUGAAUAUGCUUUCUGGUGGUUCUAUUUGA